AUGGGCCCUUGGGACCCUGUUGUGGUAGUGCUGGGUAGAGAUGCCACGCUGCCCUGCUCCCUGUCCCCACCCAUGAGUGCAGUGACUAUGGAUCUGCGGUGGUUCUGCACCGAGUUCUCAGAAUUCUCAGAAGUGGUGCUCAGCUUUCGGGAUCAACAGGAGCAGAAGGAGGAGCAGCUGGCCCAGUACGCAGAGCGGGCCUCACUGGUGAGGGACUUCCUUGCCCAGGGGGAGGCUGCCGUGCGCAUCCACAAGGUCUGGGUUUCUGACAACGGGCUGUACACCUGCUUCUUCAGGAAGGGAGGUUUCUACAAGGAGGCCAACUUGGAACUGCAGGUGGCAGGUACAGACUGA